UCCGGAAAUGACGCAGGAGAGCGUUAAAAAACCAGCGAUAAUUGUUAUUGUUAGCUUGUUAGCUAGCAGACGAACUGGUGAAUGGAGAUAUGACAGAGUAAUAACGUCUUAUUACAUGUGCACGAUUAAGUUAUUACAAACGUAACGUGAUGGAAGACGGAAACAGGACUGAUGCUGCUUCCACAUCCAAGAGCCAGGCAGGCUCACUCCACCUGCAAACUCCCAAAAAUGAGGACGCCUAUGAAAUUUCCAUCCCUUAUGAAGAGAGCAACUUUGAGCAGCAAGGAUUUUUCAAUCAGAGUGAUCAGAAUUUUGAAGAGUCGCCCCCAUCUGCUGCCUCGUCUCAAGUAAACAACUCAUAUAUGGUGAUCACCAACCUGCGAACCCAGCUGCAGAUCUCUAUGGAGAAAAACUCUUGGCUGCAGAAAAGAAUUGAGGACUUGGAAGAGGAGAGGGACUUCCUCCGUUGCCAGCUGGACCGCUUCAUCUUUUCCACAAAGAGCCAGGGACAGGAGCAGAGUCAGAACCAGUACAGUAACGGUUAUGAAUCUAGACGAUUCAACUGGAGGGUAAGAAGAGAGGAAGAUCGUCCCGUUGAGCAACAGAAGUCAGAGGCUCAGCAUUUCCCCUCACGUCAGUUUAUCCAGCGAAGGCCCGGCCCCCCAACAAUGGUGCCUUCCAAAAACCAUGUGUCCAAUCCACUAACCAAUCAGCUUGCCUCUAUAAAUGCUUUGUUCAACUCUACACAAUCCCAGGCCCUCUUGCAAGGCCAUAGUCAUAGUACUCCCAAUACCACAGCCAGUGGCAGCAGUGGCAACAGCAAUAGUGCUACAAGGUCAUCCAUGAAUGAAAUGAGUGGGCACAGCAACAUAGGUCCAGAUCCACUUUCACUCUUGGGAGAAUCUGAUGAGUACUUGGAGCAGGAAGGCUACCUCGAGGAAGAAGAAAUGAUAUCAGGGGAAGAUUUACUGCAAGACACCAUUAACAACAACAGACACCAAUUGAAGAGAAGGCGGGUCUUCCGAGCUCCUAGAGAGCGGCAAAGAGUGAAAGAUGCUGCUGGAGUGCUGUUUCGCUACAAGAAGAUCCUGCUCACAUACCAACGUCUGAAAAAUAUGUCGAAAGCCUUCCAAAUCCACGGUGUGGACCGCAACACGGUGGCUUCCACCACACCCAUCGCCGAGCUGCUACUAGUUGCUCCAGAGAAAGUGGCAGAGGUGGGCGAGUUUGACCCAUCCAAGGAGAAGCUGCUGGACUAUGCCCGGCGCUGCUACUCUGCCCUGGAUGAGGAGACACUUAGCAGGGUGCAGGCCCUGAAGAAGAAUAACCUGCUCCUGCCCAUCUCCUACAGGUUUAGACACUGAGGAGAGAAAGACAGAAGAAGGGGAUUUCUCUUUGGUAAACGGGUGGACUGGUGGUCAAGUUUGGAGAGAAGAGGGAGCUUGGUUCUGAUGCAGCAGUACACCUUAGAGCACGGAGAGCAUGUCUAGGGGCAUGAGGAGUUCAUUUGCUAUCUCCUUGUCCUGGAUAUGGCCAUGUGGGCUGGCUUCACUUUUCAAACAAAUAAACAUUUCACAUCUCACUUUUAUUAUCAAUAUGAUGUCAGUUUCUUUGAUAAAUACUCACUAUUGUUCCAGUAAUAUUAAGGAAACGGGAGUUUCUGCUACAUUCAGAAAGAGAAAAAACAUGGUUCUCAUUUCUUAAAGGGCAAAAAUGCCAUGUCUCUGUGAUUCAGAAUAUGUAUUAGCUAUCAGGAUUACUUUCCUUCAGUAAUUAAAUGAGUGUAACCAACCUAACUCAUUCAUGUUUUCGCCUAGAGACGUACAUACCUUUCUUUGGCUAGUAGUUCAUGAAUUGAUUGUCUGUGAUUCCAGUUUCCGACAGUCUAAAUGAUUUAUAUACAUAGCAAUUAUCUAUCACAUCAUUUCUGUGUGCCAUCCUAAAAAUACGAGAGCUUUCUCUCACAAUGUCUGUGUAUGUUAAAAUGAUGCUGCACUUUUAAGAGAUCAUCAUUUCCUUUUGUUUAUAUUGCUCUAUGUGUUUUUGUUGCAUUAUUUUUGACAUUGUCAUUAUAUCUUUAACCAUUUUCACUUGCCUUAAUCACAUUUUGGGGAUUUCCUUGCGCUAGACAUGGAACAGUUUUGGGCUACUUUCACUACCUGAACUAAGUUAGUCAUUUUCAUUAUUUGUUGCUUUCCAUUUAUUUGGGUUUAAAGAGGAGAAUGAGACAGAUCACUGUUGGUUAAAAUAACAAAUAUGUUUGUGAUAUUGUAUGUGUUUGACUGGGCUCGGUUUUAACAACAAUACUGCUGCAUUACUCUGAUGUUCCACUGAGGGUUGUACCAACCCUUUUUUUAAAUUAUUAUCUGUACUAAAAUACAGUAAGUGUCUUCUAUUGCUUCUGGUAUUGAGACUCUUGCUAUAAUGCUUUUGUGACAAAAAAAUCCUUUUGUAAGAAUUAACUAGCUUUGUAACUUUGUGUAACUUCUGGUUCUGUAAAAAACACUGGGCAUUAAUCAAACAAACCAUUUUCCACUGAGAGUCACAGAAUCAGCAAAAGCAACUAUCUCACCAAUACUCCGUGACAAAUUCAUGUGAAAAGAGCCCCUUGAUGGUCUAGUUUGUAAAAGUUUUGUCAAAAUUCAUAAUUUUCAAAGCAGCAGACAUGUUAAUCAUAUUGUACAAUAAUGCAUGGUGUUUAUAUCAGUGCAGUGACAUUAUAAUAUCUCUCAUUAUAACUCUUGGCUUAGAAAUUCCUUUUUGUUAAGUAAACAGAUACUUCAUAACUUCAUUUUGACUAAAAAGCAAGCAGUGCAACUUCUAAGCAGGCUUUGCAAAAAUCAUACCAGGGUACAGUGUUUUAAAAAAAACCAAUGUAUUUGUCAUAUUCGUAUGUCUGUAUAUUUAUGUAUCUUGACUGAAAUGUGUAUCUCACUGAAACAAUGCCUAUCAUUCAACGUG